UAUUGGAAUGGCAUUUCCCGGUGAAGCAUCAAGCAUAGCAGUGAGCAUUGAGAACGAACUGAGACUAGACUGGGGUCUGGGGAGUGUUCUUCCGAGACGCAAAAGCAGCAGGGAGAAAUGCUAUCUUCGCAGUCAUAUCCAAUAACCAAUUACCCGUAUCCUUCAAGAUUUCUCAUUCCAGACUACAGAAAUCUCACUUCAAGAAUCCAAAUUCAAUCGCCCUCCAAAUCAGCGCGCAUCUUCAUCUCCCAUUCCCUGUCAACAUCCAAUGACGAGCCCAAAUCCGUAAAUCGAUCACUUUUUAUCAGGAACAAGCCCGAACAGAUAUCUAGAUGGCCACUUCUUUGUGGCAAUUCGUCGAACGCUUUGACUGCAGACGGAAGUGAUGGCAGCAAGAGAAGUUUUACGGAAUGGGUUGAAGUAAUUGGUGAAGCCGUAUCUACUGCUUUCCCGGUUUGGGUGGCACUAGGCUGCUUGCUAGGCUUAGUGAAGCCCAGCUCGUUCAGUUGGGUCCAGCCCAAAUGGACCGUCAUGGGAAUCACUCUUACUAUGCUUGGCAUGGGCAUGACUCUGACGUUUGAUGAUCUUCGUUCUGCAUUGGCUAUGCCCAAGGAAUUGCUCUCUGGUUUUCUGCUUCAGUACUCGAUAAUGCCUUUAUCGGGAUUUUUUGUAAGUAAGCUCUUGAACUUGCCAUCCCAUUACGCCGCAGGCUUAAUUUUAGUUGGCUGCUGUCCUGGAGGGACAGCAAGCAACAUUGUCACUUACAUUGCAAGGGGAAAUGUGGCUCUUUCAGUCUUGAUGACUGCUGCAAGUACCCUAUCAGCUGUGGUCAUGACCCCUUUUCUCACAGCCAAGCUUGCAGGGCAAUAUGUUGCAGUGGAUGCAGCUGGACUUUUUAUGUCCACUUUGCAGGUGGUACUCCUUCCUGUUUUAGUAGGCGCGUUUCUGAAUCAGUAUUUCCAGAGCCUUGUCAAAGUCGUCUCUCCAGUGAUGCCACCGAUUGCUGUAGCAACUGUUGCAGUUCUUUGUGGGAAUGCCAUUGCACAAAGUUCUUCUGCAAUCCUCACAUCGGGUCUACAGGUCGUUCUUGCUGCCACUCUUCUUCAUUCCUCUGGGUUCUUCUUUGGCUAUUUCCUCGCCAGGAUGCUUGGGCUUGAUGUAUCAUCUUCGAGGACAAUCUCUAUUGAAGUUGGUAUGCAGAACUCGGUUCUUGGAGUAGUUCUCGCCACCCAACACUUUGGGAAUCCACUUACUGCAGUGCCCUGUGCUGUUUCUAGCGUCUGCCACUCGAUCUUUGGCAGUGCUUUAGCUGGAAUCUGGAGGCGUUCUGUUCCCUCAGAAAUGCGGGACUGAUCUUCACACUAGUUUGUGUUUUCUCGUGCUUAAUUGCAAACUAUGUGGACAUUAACAAAUCUGAAUCAUUUCCUUGAGUUUGGUAGUCAUCAAUGAAGGAUUUUCAUCUGUGUUUGAGCUUAAGUUUGCUUGCAAUUUGCUCAGUGAUCUCUGUUGUCAUGAAUUAUAUUGAAGAA